UCACGUGAUCAUCUCCCGGCCCACUGCUAGUUUACGACGGCCGUAAACCAGAUCCAGCUGACGGAAGUGGGGUGAGUGCGGGCGUUCCGGUAUUAGUACUAAUCAUCUGAGAUUAUUACCAGAUCGGGCAAUAGUUUAAUGUUGCGCCACUCAUGGCUAUGAGACCGCAGGCGGCUGUGGCCGGGAAAGUCUUCAUACAGAGAGACUACACCAAUGGCACUCUGUGUCAGUUUCAGACAAAGUUUCCCACUGAGCUGGAGACCCGGGUUGACAGGCAGCAAUUUGAGGAGACUGUACGGACCUUGAAUAAUCUGUAUGCUGAGGCUGAGAAGCUUGGAAGUCCGUCGUACCUGGAAGGCUGUCUCGCCUGCCUCACUGCAUAUACAGUAUUUCUGUGCAUGGAGACACACUACGAGAAGGUUCUGAAGAAAAUAGCGAAGUAUAUCCAAGAGCAGAAUGAAAAGAUAUAUGCUCCCCAGGGGCUACUCCUUACUGACCCGAUCGAGAGGGGUCUCAGAGUAAUUGAGAUUACCAUCUAUGAGGACAGAAGCUUGACUGGAAGAUAAAACACACCAGGUGGGUCGGUCCUUCUACAGUAUAUAUCGUUGUCCUCUGCUAAGACGCCCUCCCAACAUUCCUACAUUCGCCAUUCCUGUGUUUUGCAGCAGUCCCACACCAACUCAUUUAUGCUAUCAUGUAAUGGACCUAAACCACUGACUUUGUGCCAACCUGUGCCCAUCCACUCUCCGACGCAAUAAACAUUAAGCAUCUUUUGACCUCAUGGGACUUCGCCUUCUCCAGGACAUUAGGGGAAAAUGAGUAAAAUUAACAGAGUGGCAGAGUCUUUUUAAUGGGGGGUUGGGGAUUGUGCCAAUUUUCUGUGAAAUGUAGGUAGUUAAUUUUGUACUAGGGAUGCUACCCAGAUUCCCUCCUUUUUUUUUUUCAAAACUGAUGUUGAAUGGCAUUGGUGAACUGCAAGGAUGACCAAGGGGCUGGUUUGGUUCAAGGAAACAGAAAAGGCUUGUGAUAAAUAAGGACAAAAUAGGCAUCUUUGCAGUGGGAUGAGCUACAAGAAUGUUUUGUGUCAAAUUAACCAAUAUCUGUCACUUUGCAUUCAGUUUUACUUUUUUGUUUGUCUCCAGAUUGCACAAGGGUUUCAUGUUGUCAUCCUCUACAAAUUUUGCUCUUUCACACACAAAUGUAUCCACUAGCUUUCUCUCGCCUACUCAAUGACAUUACUAUUUCUUUCAGUCUGAUAUAGUUAAAGGGACACCUCAGUUAACACCUUUAAAUCUGUGAAGAACGCAUUCCGAGAGAUAUAUAAAAUUAGAGGGGGAAAAAAAGAUGCAUUUUGAAGUUUCUGAAUUUGCUGUAAAUUCCUGGGUUUUGCAGCUUUUGCAAAGUAUUUUGGUAUUGUAUUUUGUGCUGCCCAGAGCAGAAAGCGACUCAUAAUGCUCAACUACCUUCCUAAGGCAGUGCUGAGCUCAUCCAUAUACAGUUCAUGAAUAUAGCAAGGUUAGUUUGUUAUAGUUAAAUUGUCUGCUUUCUGUUUUGUAGUCAUGGCCUACUAUACAGCUGUAAUUCUGGAUUGGAAAGGGAAAUCUUACAGGAAUGGGCAGAUUAAUAAA